GUCACGGAGCGCGUCAUCAGGCAAGACGGUUAACACGCUUGCGGGUCCGUGUCGGUGUGCGGGAGCUGCUCUGCGGUUUCCCGAGUGUGUGUCUGUGUGUGUGUGAAGUGUGUGUGAGAGCUGCAGUCAUGGCUGUGGACGGACACGAGCAGCGCGCGCUCCAGUAUGAGCAGACUCUGAUGUAUGGCCGCUACACUCAGGAACUGGGUGUAUAUGCUAGAGAAGAAGCAGCUCGUCUGCGUGAGGAUGGCCGACAGAGACGCUCCAUUUCUGAACGCAGUCCGUCGCUCAAACUGCUGGAGUACGAGAAGGGGAGAUGCGUCAAGUGUCGGAUCUGUGCAGUGCACUGUCAGCGGUUCCUCAUGUCGCGGGUCGGCGAGGACUGGAUCUUCCUCAUUUUACUGGGACUGGUCAUGGCUCUGGUCAGCUUCGUCAUGGACUUCUGCAUCGCACUCCUCCUGCAGGCACAGAAAUGGAUGUACGGUGGUCUGGACAGUAAUGUGGUGCUGCAGUAUCUGGCGUGGGUCACUUAUCCUGUGGUGCUCAUCAGUUUCUCUGCCGGUUUCACACACAUUGUAGCUCCACAGGCAGCCGGCUCUGGUAUUCCCGAGAUGAAGACGAUCCUCAGAGGUGUGGUGCUGAAGGAAUAUCUCACACUCAAGACAUUCGUGGCCAAAGUGGUCGGCCUGACCUGUGCGCUGGGCAGCGGCCUUCCUCUGGGGAAAGAGGGUCCGUUUGUGCACAUCGCCAGUCUGUGUGCGGCUCUCCUCUGCAAGUUCAUGUCUUUCUUUGGUGGAAUUUAUGAGAAUGAGUCCAGGAACAUUGAGAUGUUGGCUGCGGCCUGUGCUGUUGGCGUUGGAUGCUGCUUUGCUGCUCCCAUUGGAGGUGUGUUGUUCAGCAUUGAGGUCACCUCCACGUUUUUCGCCGUGAGGAAUUACUGGCGUGGAUUCUUCGCUGCCACAUUCAGUGCCUUCAUCUUCAGAGUCCUGGCCGUCUGGAACAGAGAUGAAGAAACGAUCACUGCUCUCUUCAAGACGCGCUUCAGGCUGGAUUUUCCCUUCGACCUGCAGGAGCUUCCAGCGUUCGCCGUCAUCGGGAUCGCCAGUGGGUUUGGUGGAGCUCUGUUUGUGUAUCUGAACAGGCUGAUCGUUCAGUUCAUGCGCAAACAGAAAACCAUAAACAAGUUCCUCAUGAAGAAGCGUCUGCUGUAUCCUGCUCUCGUCACUCUACUGAUCUCCACACUCUCCUUUCCUCCAGGCUUUGGCCAAUUCAUGGCAGGACAGCUCACACAGAAGGAGACGCUGGUUUCGUUCUUCGACAACCGCACCUGGGCCAAGCAGGGCAUCUCCGAGGACUUCACCUUCGACACACACCUGAUGGCCUGGAAACACCCGCAGGCCAACGUCUUCAUCAUCCUCGUCAUCUUCAUCAUCAUGAAGUUCUGGAUGUCUGCUUUAGCCACAACGCUGCCUGUGCCCUGCGGAGCCUUCAUGCCAGUUUUCGUCAUUGGUGCUGCGUUUGGUCGUCUGGUGGGUGAAAGUAUGGCUGCCUGGUUUCCAGAGGGCAUCAACACAGACGGCACCAUCUAUCCCAUAGUUCCCGGUGGAUACGCUGUAGUUGGUGCUGCAGCGUUGUCCGGAGCCGUCACACACACAGUCUCCACAGCAGUGAUCGUGUUUGAGUUGACGGGUCAGAUCAGUCACAUUCUGCCCAUCAUGAUCGCAGUGAUUUUAGCCAACGCUGUGGCUCAGAGUCUACAGCCCUCCAUCUACGACUCCAUCAUCCGCAUCAAGAAGCUGCCCUACCUGCCGGAGCUUGGCUGGGGACACCACGAGAAGUAUAAUAUUCGUGUGGAGGACAUCAUGGUGCGAGAUGUUCGUUAUAUCACACUGAACUCCACAUACAGAGACCUUCAGGACAUCCUCAUGAUCGGAAACCUAAAAACUGUGGCGCUGGUGGAGUCUGCAGAUUCGAUGAUUCUGCUGGGCUCUAUUGAGCGCGCUCAGUUGCAGGCUCUCCUGGUUCAGCAGGUGAGCCGGGUGCGGCGACAGGAAGUGAUGCGUGAGCGGGCAGAAACAGAGAGGAAGCGUAUGUCUGUGGCCAGUUCACCCAGCAGUGACGACAGCAGUCAGAAAGUCAACCAGGAGGUUCGCUUCCAGAUCUCCACAGAAGAGUCUACAUUCAUCCCCGCUCGACCGAUCUCUCCCAAACCUCUGAAACCUGCGCUGAAGAGGACAUCUGUCGCAGAGAAAAACAUAGAGAUUCCAACCAGUCCUCAUGACUCCGGCAUGGGUCUGAAGAAUCUGCUUUGUGCUCGUCCUCAGACAGACGUGAUGGAGAGUAAUAACGUGGAGCUCAGACAGAGCAAACGUGUGCGGAUCUCACUGUUGGAUGAUCCAGACGUAGAGGAUGACAUGACUCUUGGAGAGAUUGAGGAGUGGGAGGAGCAACAGCUUGACGAGCAGGUGAACUUCAACAGCUGCAAGAUUGACCCCGCCCCCUUCCAGCUGGUAGAGCGAACAUCACUACACAAGACUCACACCAUCUUCUCUCUGCUGGGUUUGGAUCAUGCGUACGUCACCAGCAUCGGGAGGCUCAUUGGAGUGGUUUCACUGAGAGAGCUGCGUAAAGCCAUCGAGGGCUCCAUGACGGUGAAGGGAGUGAAGGUUCGUCCUCCGCUGGCCAGUUUCAGAGACAGUGGAACCAGCGGCACCAGCAGCGAGAGCGAAGCCACAGAACUGCACAAACUGUGGGACCGACACUCCAGCCUGAGCCUGCCCCGAGAUCAGCAGAACCACAACACUGACAACAAGACACACUGACCCCUGUGUGUCGGUGCAGGAUCAGCUCCAGUAGGACGAGGGUUUUUUCUUCCUCCAGGAUCAGUUUUAUGUGUGGGUCAGUUCAGUUUCAGAGAAUCAGGCUCUUGCUCAGCGCUUCCGUCUCGUUUUCCAGCAUAAAUAUACAAACUGUGCUCUUAAAUCAAGAUAUAUUUACUGGAGAAGCAAAAUCACUGAAUAUAUUAAGUCUUGUUUAUUUUUUUAGUUUUUAUAUAUAAAUAAAUGAUUAAAAAUAUGUUGAAUUUUUGCUUAUGAAAACAGUCUAACG